UAAUGUGGAAAUUACUUUUGAUUGCCUUGACUUUUAUACAACUCAGAGCCUAGGAGGAUGAAUUGAGUGAGGAAGACCAAGAAUCUUAAUUCUAAUAAUAGGAUUGUAUGAAUAAAUGAUUACUAGGAUAGCAUAACAAAAUUAUUAUUAGUAGCAACAAUAUGGAUGCAUUAUUUUGACAAAGUACCACUUAUAGGAGAGAAGCCAAGAAUUGAUGAAGUUAUUCAAAUAGAUUACAAAUGAAUAAGACAAGAGAAAUGCAUAUGAAAAAUUAUAGGUUCAAUUGGUGAUGCAGUGCAUCCAAAAAAUCUAAUACUAAUAAUUGGCUGAUCUCUUUAAUUAAUUGAGACAAUAAACCUUUAAAUAUUAGGAUUUCUAGGAUGUUUUCAUGAUGACUGAUCUGAGUUUGGAAGAUGAUCUCACAUUAACAGAUUAGGAGAAGAUAUUAUCAAAAGAGAUAGAGGUAACCCUUAUAAUCACUCUAGCAAUUCGAUAAAAACAUGCAAGAAUAAUAAAAGAAAUAUAAGUAAGAACAAGGUUACGAUGAUGAUGACGAUGACGAAGAAGUGGAUCCAAGAAGAAGACAACAACCAUAGGGCUAUAAGUUAUUUGGAAUUGAUUUGUCAAAGCUAUCAGGUACCACUUAGACAAUUAUCUUUGCUUGUUUGAUUUCGCUCUUUAGUGUCAUUUUAUUUUUAGGUCUAUUUCACCAUUUAUUUAAUAGGAUUGAGAUUUGUGUAAUAGCAUACAUAAGGUCCAGUGAAGAAAGCGAAAAAAGACAAAAAGGUUAAAUAAAAAUGAG